CAAGCUAAUGCCCCUUCUUGAAUUGAUCUUCAAUCUCAUUUCAAUGUGGAGCAUCCGUGGUCAUAUCCAAUCGCCUCGCUGCAUGCUACGAGAAGCAAGGAACGUUGAACGUUUUGGAACGCGCCCAGAAAAUGCCCUCCGUCCAAACACCACACCAUUCUGUUACUAGUUACCUUGGACCCUGGGUUGUCUUUUAAGAGUCGAUGUUGAAGCAUUCGAGCCUCCAUAGGUAACCUAAAGAUGCCCUCCAGUAUCCUGCAGUCGGUUGACUCGACCGUGUCGUUCAAGCAUUACAUCCUUCUCUGGAUCACUGGCAAGGAUACAGCAUGGUUAACACUUGCCUUGAUCGCUGCACUGUAUUACUAUGCUGACGAUUUCAUACGUUGGAUCAAGUAUGUCGCAUUCAAAUGCGAAGCACUUCGUGGGGACAAUAUUCAUGGCCCUAUCCAGGAUACGCGCAUUACGCGAUUCUCGGAUGGCCUCGAGAUGACCACAUAUUGCCGGGAAAAGUACGGUUCAAUAUACCGGGUUUUCUGUGGCUCGAUACCUGAAAUUGUCUUGACGAACCCAGAAGAUGUGCGCGCUUUCUACAGUCGCGAUGGCAGGGCUCACUUGAAGAACCACAACAUUGGAUUUGGAGAUUACAUUGGAAAAAUGUUAGGCCACUGCGUGGGAGUCAAAUACGGUAAAGAUUGGAGUAGACUUCGCUCUCAUAUCGAUCCGCAUUUCUCCUCCUCUGUUGCUAUCGAUUUGCUGCCUAUCAUGAAUGCGGACGUCUCGGAAUGGCUGAACACAUUACCCAUGGCGAUGAAAUCUCCCAACGAGCGUACAAAAUUCAAAGUGCAAGCAGGGGAGCUUGUAUCCCAUUUACCUCUGAAGAUGAUCGCCAGUGCGAUCUUCGGUAGCCUGCUUAAUGAUAAGCUUCGGGCAGAGCUGAUCGAUCUUUUUAUCCUCCAUGAACGCCUCAUGACCCGUGCAAUCUUGGGAAAAUUCUACCAGUGGACUCUUGCGAGUUACCUACCUACUGAAGCUAAUCGCGACGCACAAGUUUUCCAGAGAGAUUGGUGUAAUCUCUUACGUCGUUGUGCGCGAGAAGCGGAAGAGCGAAAUAUCAAAACUGCAGUAUCCGAGCUAUACAAAACGAUGCAAGAAGGUGGAAUGUCGUUUGUUGAGUAUUGUCACUCCGUCGACGAGAUCUUGUUUAACAACGUCGAUGUGACAACGAUCCAUAUAUCCUGGAUCCUCAUCAACCUUGCUCAACAUCCCGACGUACAGAAUCGUCUAGUCCAAGAGAUCAAUACCGCGCUCAAAGAUGACACCCAUGGCUCCAGAUCUGAGAGGACGAAUGCAUACCUACGUAGGACGGACAGCUUGUUGCAUUAUUGCUACCUAGAAUCGGGGCGCCUACAUCCGAUUGCUUUCUAUUCGCUUCCCCAAGUGACGGCUGAGCCCAAAGUCAUUGGCGGUCACCCGAUCCCAGCUCAUACCUCCGUUCUGAUAGAUGUGUACACGCUGGGGCACAAAUCGCCGGUGUGGGGGGAUGAUGGUGAUGCAUUCCGGCCUGAGCGGUUCGCGAGUUUGCAGCCUACGCAAUAUCGCUACUCCUACUGGGGGUUUGGUAUUGGCCCUCGUAAAUGUGUGGGUCAACACCUCGGGGAUAAGAUUGUGAAGAGUGUGGUCCACCAGAUCGUCGAGCGGUACACUGUCUUUGUUGAAGGCGACGUAGGUAUAUGCCGCGGCAGGUUUAUGUGCACCCCGGCCGCAACCUUGGUCUUGGAACCGAAAGAAUUUGGUUUGUGAACAUCGGCUACCUCGACAGUCUUUGCAUUUGGUCAGAACCUCGAAUCCAAUACUACUCAUAUGUUUGCAGAAAACCCUUCCUGUUCGCUUGGUGCUCCAGACAGUAACCUAUAUCAGUUUACGUCGCGCUCUUUAAUAUGAUUCUUGAUUUUCAAUUCCUUUUUUCGGCCACCAUAGUGCUCAAUCAGUGCUGUUUGGUCGGAAGAUCAAUGAAGCUCGCAACACAUUCAAUACUGAAUAGGAGAUGAAUUACGGCUUGUCUAUUCGUUCAUGCGGGUCGUUCCAUUUUGUCAUGGAAGACAAUAUCUUGAACGUUAGGCUUGGGCAGGGAGGAGUGGAGUCACAUCA